UUUACACCUGUAAAAACAUAAACAAGUGUCAGUUUUCAAAGGCGGCGCUCUACGAUGAAGAGAGGUGUUGUUAUAAUUCGAUAAUAGUGCCUCUAGCAUAGUGAUAUGAAGAGAAGGGUCGAUUAGAACUAAAAUAUAAUUGUGUUGUGAAGCCGCGCACGGUCGUCGCACAGUUCCCACGAAUUCAUAUACCCGGUGUCGUCGUGAAGAUGCACUGGAUGGUGCGAAGAAUCCCGCGUAGGAUCUCGAGGUCGGUGAACCAUUGCGGUGAGUUCAACGUCUCGUUCUCCAAAGAACGCGGAACGCUUGGAUGCGAUCCGCGAUACUUCAUCCUGAAUGAGAAAGAUACCGCUCGUUCUUCGAGAAACGUCGUCAAUCAUAAUGCGACGAGUAGUUCCAUGUUAUCGCAAACGUUUAAACGAAACUUGAGCACUUUUGCGGAAAGGACACCGCCUGAACCUCGAAGAAUCCCUUUUUUCGGCACGAUGUUGUCCCUGAUGAUGGCCGGCGGUGCGCAGAAACUGCACGAGUACGUGGACAAGAGGCAUCGGAAACUGGGACCGGUAUUCAAGGAACAAAUCGGACCAUUAUGGAUCAUCUUUGUAAAUUCGCCCGACGAAUUCCGCAAGAUCUUCCUGCGACUCGAGGGUCCUACGCCGCAACAUUUUAUACCGGAGGCUUGGAGGCUGUACAACGAAAUCAGAGCGCAGCGACGAGGACUGAUCUUCAUGGACGGAGAGGAGUGGUUGCAUUUUCGCCGAAUCCUCAACAAGACGAUGCUGCUGCCUAAUCCGACAAAACUGAUGUGCGCGCCCUGCCAGAAAGUCGCCGAGAAUCUAGCGAGGAAGUGGACGUAUCACAGUUUAGCCGGUUCUACGAUACCGAAUAUGGAAUGUCAGCUCUAUCAGUGGUCUAUCGAGGUGAUGCUGGCGACUCUGAUAGGUUCGCGAUGGCGAGAUUGCGAGCAGCAUAUGCGUCCCGAAACGGAGUAUCUGGCGCAGAUGCUGCACCAGAUCUUCGUGUAUUCCACCACUCUGUCGAUGAUGCCGGCCAAGCUGGCGAUGAGACUCAGAUUGCCGGCAUGGACCAAGUUUGUCCGCACCGCUGACGCAAUUCUGGUCACAGUGCGCAAUCUAGUCUUGAAAAUGAUCUUUCUAGACAGCGACGGGCUUCUACGAAUGAUGAUAAACGAGGGUAUCCGCGACGAUGAUGCCGUCAGAAUCGUCACUGAUUUCAUUAUAGCCGCCGGCGACACAACGGCAAUCUCCAUGCAAUGGGCGUUGCUGCUGCUCAGCAGUCGUCCGGAGCUGCAGGACCAAUUGUUUCACGAUAUCAAGGAUCUGCCGCCGGAGGAGAUUCUACGGCAUCCGCUGCUGAAGGGCGUGUGGAAAGAAGCGCUAAGAUUGCACCCCGUCGCGCCAUUCCUGUCGAGAUACAUGCUGGCGGACAACACAAUCGGCGAUUACUUCGUGGCGAAGGGGGACUUGAUUGUCCUGUCGAUUUACUCGAGCGGCCGUGACAGGAACGAUUUUCCAGAGCCGAAUGAAUUCCGGCCAGAAAGAUGGAUCAGAACGAAGGACGGUUCUUAUCAGGGCGUGAAGAACUCGUAUGCCACUCUGCCGUUCGCGAUGGGUGUGAGGAGCUGCAUCGGUCGCAAACUCGCCGAAACGCAGAUGUCCCUCACGUUGGCGCAGCUCAUCAAAAACUUUAAGAUCGAGUGCGAAAAUCGUGACAGUAUAAAGAUGAUUUUGCAUCUGAUCUCUGUACCAUCGAGGCCCAUUCAACUGAAACUGACGGAAAGGAAAUUAUGAUGAAGAUGUUGGAACUACAGAAGGAAAGAAAAUUGAUAGAAUAAAGGAAUAAUAAAUAUAAAAUAUAAAAAAAUUAAAUUCGAUUUAUAUGUAUGUACAUAAGAUGCAUUUAAAAAAAAAUUAAUGUAUUAAAUGUGUUUUUUUUUUAAUAUGAGAAAAAUUUAAUGAUAUAUACAUGAAAAAUAGCACACGGAAAUUUUAAAUAAAUGCUUUUAUAUUGUGUAUAAAUGUGCUUCAAAUGUAUGCGACGCGGAUACAUACCUCGUUUAUGCAUGAUAAAAUAUAUACAGGAAUAUAAUAUAAAUAUAAC